AUGCUCGACGCGGCUUUUAUUAACAGUUCCAUGAAGAAUGCUUUGGGCAACGGCGUUGAGGUCGUCAUUCUGCUUGAUGAAAACGGCGUCCUGCUUUCCUCGGCAUCGCUGAACCCGGAAUACGUCUGUCAGAAGGAGCACUCAAUGAUUGUCGCCGCAACGGGAAACAUAUGGCGUGCCUGUGCCCGUAACGACCUAGCAAAAAACAAACUCACAAAUGCGGUAGAAGCGGAAGCGCUGGAGCAAGUACUGGUGGACUUUGGUGGAAAGAAGCUCUGUGCCAUGUCUGUGGGAGGUUCGGCGAUACUUUGUAUGCUGGGCACCGGGUUGGAGAUGGGGCUUCUCAAAUUAAAGACAGCUUCCUUGCAGAGAAGACUCGACGGUCACCUGCGUCCUGUUCUGCUAUUGUCUAGUUAA